AUGAAAUCCUAUGGUAUGAGCAUUCAAAUGAAACCUCUUCAGCAGUACUUUCACAUGGUACCAUCUGGUUUGCUCGUACUUGGUAGUACUUUGUUCGUAGGUAGCAGUGCUUUCACCUGGUAAUAUUUGCUUUGUAUAUGGUUCCCACUUUUGAGUUCGUAGAUUAGUAAAAGUCCCAUAGUAUCACCAUUCAAAUAAAUCCUCUUCAGCAGUACUUUCACAAGAUCCGAUUUGAUGUCUGCGGAUUUCUUACUUUUGAGUCUGAGGAUGAAAGCCCAUGGUGUGACUAUUCAAAUGGAACCUCUUCAGCAAAACUUUCAAAUCGUACUAUUUAUUUAGUAUGUAGUUCUCACUUUAAAGUCUGUGGAUGAAUCUGAUGUUGUGGCCAUUUAUAAGGGAAACGUCCUCAGUAGUACUUUCACAUGGUUUUGUUUGUAGUCCAAACUUUUGAGUUUGUAGAUUUGAAGUCCUAUAGAGUGACCAUUAAAACGAAACCUCUUCAGCAGUUCUUGUUCAUAAUGCUUUUUUCUUUUUCCAUAUGAUAUGCAAACAGAUUCAGGAAUUCAUUUUCUUCUUCAGUGAAAAGGUUUGCUCUAUAAAAAUUGCUCAGUUUUGUUAUGAUUUUGCUCCACCUUUCGGUUAAUUUGUAAUUUUUACUAACAACUCCCAAAAUAGCUCCCAAAAUAGCUUUUAAACACUACUUUGCUGUGGCGUUGUUUUUCAAUAAUUGAAAAAAUGAGCUAUUGGGCUUUGUAAGCAUUGGAACUGAGGAGGAAAAGGUGGUUAAAUUGACGUCUAUGGGAGAUUCACCAGAAGCUGGCCCCCUUCUGACCUAAAUAGAUGUAAUCGUUUGAAAUUUCUGUUAGGGCAUGCGGGUGUCUUACAUUUAGCCUGUUCUUGCUUAAAUUAUUGACGGACCAGAACGAAGUCGAUGGAAAGUUAAGUAGAAAAAAAGUGAUUUUGAUAAGAGAAAAGUGCCAACAUGCUUCGUUAAUGUUUCAUGUUCGUGUGUGUGCAUUGACGCUCAUGCGUGGCUUACCACGUAACUUUAGUGACGCAUAUCCCAUUGAAGCCGGUUUCGAAGCAGAGAAGCUAUCACGUAUGUAUACUUCGAAUUAAACUGAGUGCUUUCUUGAUCAAAGGAAUCAUUUCAGAGAGUGAUAUAAUUCAUGAUAUCUUUGAAUGGGCGAUAGAUUGUGAGAGAAGAUGUGUCGGUGAAGACACUUAAAGUGAGAUAUAUCACACUGAUCAAGGGUUCGGCAGAGAUGUAAACAGUGAUGGUGAUUUUUUUCCCAAUACAGAAAACUAACGUAAAUCAACAUUACAAGCAAUUUAUCUAAAUGGUAUUUUUCUGUACGAAAAAAAUACGAGCUUGAAUUUGAAUGGCUUUGGGAAAAAUAAGAAAGAUUAAAGUUUGGUUCAGAAGAAGCGGACGUAAGUUUGCUUUCAAUAUUUUUAAUGUCGAAAGUUAGAGUGAAACUGAUAAGAUUGCUGCCGUUGACAAGCGAGGACAUUUUUAUUUUUAAAAACGUUUUUAAGGAAGUGAUUAUUUUGUUAUUAUCAUUUUUUUUUUCAUUAUUAAAUAUGCCGUUUUAGUCGGAAAUUAAGAUAUUUUUCGACUCGACCAGUUGCAAAAAAGUAAGUUUCGACUUUAAUAAGUUUUUCAAACAAAGAAUAACGCUUGAAUGGUUUAGUUCCCAACAUCGGAUUAAGAGGAAAAGUUAAGAAAACAGGAAACAAACCCGAUAUUAGAUUUCUCAGUGCUCAUCUCCUCUCGAGAUGAAAACUUUAAGGAAAGCAGAUAAAAGAUCAAUAGAUAGCAAAGAGCUUUCAUACGCGGAGCUCGAUUGUAGCUCAUAUGGAACUAGUGACUCCGGAAAUCGGUACGCAGCGGUAGUGUUAUGUAUGCAAAGUGCGCCGUACAAGCCAAAACACAACGUAUCUCAUCGAGAAAUCUAAGUCAUGGCAGCGUUUUGAAAUGCGUUUCCUCUAUGAAAUAUGUAUACCUUGAUCCUUAUCAGAGGUACAAUGGGAUCGCCUCUGCUGUUGACAGACUAAAACGUUGUGCAAUGAUCAAUAUUGAAAAUGAAAAUCGUAUUCAACUCAAAUCACCACACUUUGUCCGGCUAUUCUUUGCACUAAUGCUUUUGUAUUCAACUCAUUUUUUUUCCUUAUUAGAAAUUAAUGCGUUUUAUGAGGAAAAAAUCGCCAAAACUAAGCUUCUUCCUAAGUGGGUUUUAAGUGUGGUCAUAUUCCUGGAUUUGAAAAUUCAAAUCGCCGCGCCCCGAUUUUGAAAUAAACAAAUUAAGGAUGAUCCGAAAGAGUGCUGAUAUGAUGUGAUUAUUAGCAUAACUGAAAAGUUCAACUGGAUUAUAAAAAAAUGAAAAACGUCCCUUGACCAAAAUCGCUUUUGCCCUUCAAACCAGAAGCCAGACUUCUAGAGCAAGUUGGACAUCAAUAUCUCUUAUCGUCUCCUGAUUUAAACAACAGAAAUUAAUUCCACUGACGAACGGGUGGUAAAAAGGUGGGAUUUUUCAACUUUAUAUUAUUUUCUUUUCCUCAUAAGUGUUAAAAUUAUCGUGAUCAAAUAAAUGUUGCCAGGUCGUUCACUUUCAUAGAUGUUACUUUUAAAUUAAAACUUCAGAUAGAGAAACAUAAAUCUGUCGACCUAAAGACCAAGAUUACACCAAGAGAGCCGAUUCUUACAUUUUCUUAACGUGAACAUAUUUUUAUUUGCGUCUGUGGCGUUCUUACGAGCUUAACAUUAUGGGCCUUAUCGAUAAAGAAGACACGAUUUUAGAGAAGAAAAUGAUAUGUCUGAUAUAGGACUGUAAACCAAAAUAUCUACAUGUCUAAUCAGGCAGUUAAAAUUUUCAUGUUUGACCACAGUCAUGAUCAUUUCGAACUUCAAGGUCUUCCAGCCAAAGAUAUUUCUGCUGACUCAGGGCUUCUCGUUUUUCAGAAACUCAUCCUAAUAUUUACUUGUAUCUUACUUCUUAAGGUUAAAUUUACGCAAAACCAUUAUUUACGAUUUUUUCCUACAACAGUGAAAUAUAAAUGGCAUCCUCUAUAACAAGACUUUAUCUAAAAUGAGCAUAAUAUUGAUCGAAAACCUGACAGUCCAUAUCGUGAUGUAAGAGAAAAGCCCUUGACAAACCUGUAUGUAAAAGCAGUCUUUAUCUCUCAAUUAAACCUCACUUGUUAACCCUUUUCAUGUUUUAUAUACUUUGAUCAGAUUGAACCAGGCAGCGGAUUACAUUUCGAGGUUUUAUAUAUCAUAGCUGAUCCUCUUAAAGUGUUAUUUAAAUUCGACAAAAAACGCGCUACCCCGUUGGUUUUUUAAGUAGGCCUGUCAACUCACUAGAGUUGGUUCUUCCAUUUUUGCAAGCCCCUGGUCGUCGCCUUGUGUUCUUUUUAAAACGUGCCUUCUCAGUUAAAUUCUCCGCGUUUACACCUUAGUAUAGGCUGGACUUGACACGGAGUGUUUUGGACAAUUCAAAGAACAUUUCCAACCCAAUGAUUGGAAUUUGUGUUUAAGCUAACUUCGGUAGAGGAGACAUAAUGUCGAUCGUAGGAGUGCUAAAACAGGAUAUUACGAGGAGUUUUAAUCCAUUUUUAUGAAAUUAAAACUCUUGUGUUCAUAACUUUGACUAAUUUGUUGUACAAGACUGGAAUUUCCUGGGAGUUCGAUGAAACAUUCUAGUUGGCACGUCCUUAACUUCAAACUUGUCUGACUUUUUUUCACAUUCAUAGAUUUAUAACAAGCAAACAUAUCGACUUCAUUAGAUAUGGUUUACUGUUUUCCUCUUGUCCAUUAAGAUAUGUAUUUUUUAAAGACUCUGAUCCUGUGUAA